CGCCUUAAUCCCAGCCACCGAGCCCUCCCGCCACGGAGCCAGCGCGCACGGGCCAUGCCCACGGGGACGCCAAUGACCUGCGCCGCGGCGCUGCGGCUGCUGCUGCUGCUCCUGCUGCUGCCGCUGCUCGGCCAAGAUUUAUCCACAGACUGCAAUUUCUUCCCUGCCAAUAUGACAUCAUUUGCCACCUCUGCCCAGUGUUCAACUUCUGACAGUGCUUGCAGGAUCUCCCCAGAACAAACCAAGCAGGUACGACCAAAACUUCCACUUUUGAAGAUUUUGCAGGCAGCAGGGGCACAAGGUGAAAUAUUCACUGUUAAAGAGGUCAUGCACUAUCUAGGCCAGUAUAUAAUGGUGAAGCAGCUUUAUGAUCAGCAGGAACAGCAUAUGGUGUAUUGUGGUGGAGAUCCUUUGGGAGAACUGCUAGGACGUCAGAGUUUCUCCGUGAAAGAUCCAAGCCCUCUCUAUGAUAUGCUAAGAAGGAAUCUUGUCACUUUAGCCACUGCUACUACAGGUAUGUCACAUCCUAUUUCUUCAGUGUGUAUCACAGCUUUGAGCUCAAAGGGGGCAAAUGAUGGGAAAACAAGGAGGAUCAAGAUGGAAAUGAAUUGCUAUGUUGGCAUGACUGGGAGGGAUACUGUAGUACAGAAUGUUAUUAGUAUGUUAAUUCUUCAUUGUGAGAAAUUUCAAAUAGACUGAAAAUAGAUUAGUAUAAUACACACCUCUUAGUAGUUGUUAACAUUUUGCUACAUUUGCUUCAUCUGGAUAUACUUUCUUUUUCCUUAAUUUUACUUCUUUUUUUCAUCUAGACAUACCUUUAAAAUCUCUAACAGUUAAGGACCUUUUUCCUUUAAACGUAACUAUAAACGUCAUUCUUACAUCCAACAAAAUUAAUAAUAAUAAGAUGGAUAACAACUUCAUAAUGCUAUCCAAUAGCCAGUGUAUGUAUAGUUACCCCCAAUUAUCUCAGAAGUAUCUUUUUUGUUUGGCUUGUUGAAAUCAAGAGCCAGACAAAGUCCACACGUUGCAUUUGGUUGGUAUGCCUCUAAGUAUCUUUAUAAAACAAUCCUCCUUUUAUUUUUAUUUUAUGUCAUUUAUUUGUUGAAGAAAUGGAUCAUUUGUCCUGUAGAAUUUCCCACAUUCUAGUUGAGGUUGCAGAUUUUGUCCUUGUGAUGUUAACAUGUUUCUCUGUUUCUUUUAUUUUUGGCAAACUAGUGUAAUGCUGAAAUGUUUCAAGUAUAGAUUUUUUGCUGAGAAGGUGUCAUAGGUGGUGCCUUGUACAUCUGUUGCAUCUCAUCUGAGUCAUAUAAGGUCUGCUUGUCCCUUUUAGAAAGGUCCCUGAAGAACUUUCAUCUAGCUAAUGAUUUUAGCUUUCUGUUAUAUGAAUGCCGAUUUGUCUAAAACCCUUUGACUAAUUCCAUAUCUUUUAAAUAUUGUCCUUUGAGUUUAAUUUAUUAGGUAUGUGAGGAAACGGGCUGCUUUGGGGUCUGAAGUAUGGUGUAUUAGAGAUCAGUGGAUCAACUGGAUAUAACUGAAACGUAACACUAUCUCUUCAUCAUUUCCAAAGAAUGAAACUUUUCCCUUCCAUUCCUAAGUGAAGUGCUUUUGUGAGCUUCAAAUUAGAUUUUAGGUAACCUUAUCCUUUGAAGAAAGCCCAAGUUUGUAAUUCUUUUAGAUUGGUUAUCUUUCCAGUUUACUGAAACAUAUAAUUGAAAAGAAUCCAUUCUUUUUUUUAAUUUUAUUUUAUUU